AUGACAAAUAUUGCAGAUAUAGGGAGUAAUGCUAACCCCGGGUAUGAAUACAAUCCACCUCUUAUGAGGCAGAAACUGCGAGAACUAUCAUUUGGGCUCAACUUGGACUACUUAGACUUUGAUAAAAUAGUGCAGAAGAUUUCAAGUGGUGUGCCUGAUGAUGUAGAGGGCUGGCAAGUAAUAAGACAUGCGGCAGAAACCGUAGCUUCCCUGACAAGUAUACAUCCAGACCAUUCGAUUUUGGCUGCCAGAUUAGAGAUUGAUGAGUUACAUAAAUCUUUGCGUGGAAUCACCUUUACUGAAAAUUUAAAGCAGCUACGGAGCUCUACAAGAGUAACUUCUGAGGGAGACAAUAGAGUACCGAGUAAGCGACAGAAAGUUAUGAGGGCCCCCAAGAAAGGUGUAAUAUCUGAAGAGUUUUUACAAAUGGCUUUGAAGUAUGAGAAAAAAUUAAAUGAUGCCAUCGUUCAUGAGAGAGAUUUUAAUUUCACAUAUUUCGGUUGGAAAACGUUAUGUCAAUCAUAUUUGAUAAAAAAAAAUGCCGACCAAAUCCACGAAACUCCCCAGUUCCUUUUUAUGAGGGUCGCACUGGCUAUCCAUGGUCCUUUUGAAGAUAUUGAUUCUGUGAUUGAAACCUAUGAACUGAUGUCACGGAAAUAUUUUAUUCAUGCAUCCCCUACAUUGUUCAACGCAGGCACAGUGAAUCAAUAUCUUUCUUCCUGCUUUCUUGUUGGUAUGAAAGAGGAUUCUAUUGAGGGAAUCUUCAAAACCUUAGAGGAUACAGCUCUAAUCUCCAAGGCGUCGGGCGGAAUUGGUAUUCAUGUUUCCAACAUAAGGGCAAGUGGGGCCCAUGUGUCUGGAUCUAAUGGUACUUCUAAUGGUAUAGUUCCCAUGCUACGUGUUUUUAAUAAUACUGCCAGAUAUGUGGACCAGGGAGGAAACAAGCGUCCGGGUGCAUACUGUAUAUAUUUGGAACCCUGGCAUUCAGAUGUUUUUGAUUUCCUGCAGUUAAGAAAGAACCAUGGUAAGGAUGAAUUAAGAGCUAGAGAUUUAUUUUUUGCACUAUGGAUUCCAGAUUUGUUCAUGAAGCGUGUACAGUGCAAUGGUGAGUGGUCUCUUUUCAGCCCAGAUGAAGCGCCUGGUCUAAGUGAUGUCUACGGUAAGGAGUUUGAAGAGCUAUAUGAACAAUACGAAGCCACUGCAUUGCCAAUGAAACGCGUUAAAGCCCAAAAGCUGUGGUCUGAGAUUUUGCAAGCUCAAGUGGAAACAGGCGGUCCUUUUAUGCUUUACAAGGAUUCUUGUAAUUUAAAAUCGAACCAAAAGAAUCUGGGAACCAUUAAGUCUUCUAAUUUAUGCUGUGAAAUUGUAGAAUAUAGUUCCAAGGAUGAGACUGCAGUGUGCAAUCUGGCAUCAGUGGCACUACCCACGUUUGUGGUACAGGUGACUAAUAAGGGUAGUAUAUUCGAUUUUGUUAAAUUACAUGCAGUGGUGAAGACAAUAACAAGAAAUUUAGAUCGUGUCAUCGAUGUUUGCAAGUAUCCGAUCCCACAAGCACAAUACAGUAAUUUGAGGAAUAGACCAGAAGCGAUUGGCGUCCAAGGUUUAGCCGACGUAUUUCUUAUGCUUCGAAUACCCUACGAAUCACAAGAGGCAAGAAUUUUAAAUACACAGAUAUUUGAGACGAUCUACCAUGCUGCUGUUGAAACUUCGAUCGAAUUGGCUGAAGAAUACGGAGCUUAUGAAACCUUCCAAGGUUCUCCAGCUAGUCAAGGUCUUUUACAAUUCGACCUAUGGGGAUUAAACGAGGACAACUAUGAUUUCUUGUACAGAGACUGGGGUGAACUCAAGCAUAGGAUCCAAAACGGUAGAGGAUUGAGAAAUUCUUUGCUUUUAGGCCCAAUGCCUACUGCUUCCACCUCACAAAUCCUUGGAUAUACGGAAUCCUUUGAGCCAAUGACUUCAAACGUCUAUGCAAGAAGGGUAUUAAGUGGUGAAUUUAUCAAUGUAAAUCAAUACAUGGUCGAUCAUUUCUGUCAACUGGGAAUUUGGAAUGAAAAAUUGAAAAAUCGUAUCAUAGCAGAUAACGGAUCCGUUCAAAACAUUCAAGGUUUGCCUGAUUGGAUAAAAAAGAUCUACAGAACGGUUUGGGAGAUCCCACAGAGACCGCUAAUUGAUAUGGCUCGUGAUAGAUCACCAUUUAUCGAUCAAUCACAAAGUUUGAACCUGUUCAUGAAAACUCCAACAAUGGGGAAAUUGACCAGUAUGCAUUUCCAUGCAUGGAGGCACGGAUUGAAGACCGGAAUGUACUAUUUGAGAACACAAGCUGCAUCGGCCGCCAUUCAGUUUACCGUUAAUGAUGAAAAUACUUUAACAGGGUCUGUGGAAUUGAAUGGAUCUGAUGAAGAGGAAUCGAAAACUCCCAUUUUAGGUAAAUACCCCGGAACAACCUUCCCCAAACGUCAUAUCGAUUUUUUCGAUCCCAAGAAAAUAUCGAUUGAAAAUAUUGUAUCACAGAAAUCUGAUAGUACAGUAGGCUGGGGGGAAGAUGCUUAUGGAAUCCAUGAUAAAACACCACUUUCUUGUAGUGGAGGCAAAGAGAAUGAAUACUGCGAAAGCUGUUCUGGAUAA